UUCAUGUCGGCUUCAAUAUCAAUACCAGGUGAACUUCCUUUACCGAUAUAACCCAACUCAACCAGCUGCACUCGCCACUCAGUGAGUGAACCAUCCUGGGAUUACUGCUUUCCCACUGCUUGAAGCUAUCCCAACAAUGGCGGCCGUGACAGCCUCCUCCCACUUCGUCUCAACAAGAUCAAGUUUCACCGGCCAUAAUAAGCUCGUGCCCAAAAAUCAAGCCAUGGUUCACAGUGGUUUGAGGUGUUUGAACCAGGUAGAUGCGUUGCAUAUGAGAAGCAAUGGAAACUCUGUUGCUGCUGCUACGAAAGCCGUGAAACCUGCACAUUCCGGAAAAAUCAUUUGCGGGAUAGGGAUGAACAUAGUGUUCGUGUCGGCCGAGUGUAGCCCGUGGAGCAAAACCGGUGGACUCGGUGAUGUCCUCGGUGGACUUCCUCCAGCAAUGGCGGCCAAAGGACACCGAGUUAUGACAGUGUCUCCUCGCUAUGAUCAGUACAAGGAUGCAUGGGACACAAGCGUUGUGAUUGAAAUAAAAGUAGGGGACAAAGUUGAGACUGUUCGGUUCUUCCACUGCUACAAACGUGGAGUUGAUCGUGUCUUUGUCGACCACCCUAUGUUCCUUGAGAAGGUAUGGGGCAAAACAGCAUCCAAAAUCUAUGGCCCCAGGGCAGGUUUGGACUACACAGACAAUCAAGUGCGGUUCAGCUUGUUAUGCCAGGCUGCCCUCCUGGCACCCAGGGUACUGAAUUUGAAUAGCAGCAAAUAUUUCACUGGACCAUAUGGAGAAGAUGUUGUGUUUAUAGCCAAUGAUUGGCACACUGCUCUUCUACCAUGCUAUUUGAAAAGCAUGUACCAGUCAAGGGGAAUCUACACGAGUGCAAAGGUUGUGUUUUGCAUCCACAACAUAGCCUAUCAGGGAAGAUUUGCAUUUGUGGAUUUCCCGCUUCUCAAUUUGCCUGAUCGGUUCAAGAGUUCUUUCGACUUCAUCGAUGGGUACAACAAGCCUGUCAAGGGAAGAAAAAUUAAUUGGAUGAAGGCUGGAAUAUUGGAAUCAGAUAGAGUUAUGACUGUGAGCCCGUACUACGCCAAGGAGCUUGUAUCCGGUGAAGACAAAGGUGUUGAACUCGAUAACAUCAUUCGUAAAACCGGCAUCACCGGCAUCGUGAACGGCAUGGAUGUUCAAGAAUGGAAUCCUGCCACCGACAAAUACACCUGCGUCAAAUACGAUGCAGCAACUGUAACGGAUGCAAAGCCAUUGUUGAAAGAAGCUCUUCAAGCUGAGGUGGGUCUGCCUUGUGACAGGGAUGCUCCCUUGAUUGGCUUUAUCGGUAGGCUAGAAGAGCAGAAGGGUUCGGAUAUUCUGGCCGAAGCUAUCCCGAAAAUCAUCGGAGAAAAUUGCCAGAUUGUGGUCCUUGGAACUGGAAAAAAACCCAUGGAGAAGCAAAUCGAGCAGCUGGAACUCGAAUAUCCAGACAAGGCCAGAGGAAUAGCCAAAUUCAAUACUGCAUUAGCCCAUAUGAUCAUUGCUGGUGCUGAUUUCAUUUUGAUCCCUAGUAGAUUCGAACCAUGUGGCCUCAUUCAACUGCACGCUAUGCGAUACGGAACGGUUCCGAUAGUUGCCUCGACCGGUGGACUCGUCGACACAGUCAAGGAAGGAUUCACAGGGUUCCAAAUGGGAGGAUUCAGUGUAGAAUGUGAUGAAGUGGAUCCGAGUGACGUCGAGAAGGUGGUAAGAAACGUUAGGAGAGCUCUCGCGACAUACGGGACUCGAGCCUUGGUAGAGAUGAUCCAGAACUGCAUGGCACAAGAUCUUUCAUGGAAGGGGCCGGCAAGGUUGUGGGAGACGAUGUUGCUGAGCCUGGAGGUUGCUGGCGGUAAGGCCGGCGUUGAAGCAGACGAGAUUGCUCCACUUGCCAAGGAAAAUGUUGCCACUCCCUGAGCAUAGGGUCUUGUAACUUUGCAGAAGCUAAGAUGUGUGAUAUAUAUAUGUGUAUAGUAUGUUAUA